GCCCAAACUGUUAAAAUAGGUAUAAAUCUAUACUGAUGGGCGUGGUGGUGUUCAGGUACAUUUUUGGUGUAUUGUUAUCUUGGAAACAGAAAACACAGGUGCACCACUGACUGAUUAAAAUCCUGAAAACAGUGAAAUGUCAGAUGUCCAUACCUAUCUUAGCUGCGCAAGCAUGCCACACUGCAGCGUGCAAACCCAACUUUUACAUCAACAAUAAUCAGAAUACUAAAUAAAAUAGCAUUGCUGUUCCCAUAAGUGAGCUGCUGGCAAAACUUCACAGCAUGAACAAGCAGAUUAGUUUUCUCUACUGAGAAGCUUUGGACACGUCCAGGUAGCAAGACAUGAUGUGAUUAGGGCCAGGGUCAGACUACUCCUAGUUCAUUUUUAUUUCAUUCAAUUUAAUGUAAUUAUUUUUAGAACGAUCGCAAGGCAUGCUGCGGUGCUCUGAGGUGCUCUGAGGACUUCAACAGUACAACAGUACUAUUAUUGGGUGCUAUUCUGUGCGGCAAUCUCAGCGUGUGAUGACCUUUACAGUUCUGAACAGAGUCGCCCUCCCACACUGCUGGUGAGACCCCCCCACACUCAGUUUACAGUUUUUCUCAAUUGCUAAAACACUAAACCCGGUUGUCUGAACCAAAUGCUCAGUGCCCUGAACCCAUUUAUUGAAAUGGUCAAUCUUUUGGCAGAACCUUAAGCACUUUUCACCUAGUUAGACACUUGCAACAACAACUUGCAAACAUAUUUUCACCCACUAAAACACAUUUGGCACUCUGAUGCACUUGGGCUGCAUAAUGUUAAGCACAGCUGGCAAAAGGGAAAUUCAAUGAAAGCACAGGUGUUUCAACUUAAACACUGCAACUCAAAAUUGAUAACACAUGUGACUAAUGAGGUGAAGACACCAAUAUAAGCCAGUCCAUGGGGCCCUGUUUGUUGAAGUCUCACUAUGGACAGAAACAAUCAGAGAGGCAGAGUAAGAGUAAGAGGUGGAAGAGGAGGAAGGGGAGGUAUGAGACGAAGAACAAAUAUUUCAGAUGAAAUACGGGCAACUGUCAUAGACCAUGUUCUUGUCCACGGGUUGACAAUGAGGGAAGCGGGACUUCGAGUUCAGCCCAACCUAAGCAGAUUCACUGUGUCCACCAUAGUCCGAAGAUUCAGAGAAGAGAACAGAAUUACCAGAUUGCCACAUCAGGGAGGGAGGCCAUCUAUGUUGUCCCCACGCCAAGAGACCCUCAUUGUUGACAUGGUCCGUCAGAACAAUUCAGUCAAACUCUGUGAAAUACAGCAGAAGAUCAUUGACGACCAUGUUGAUUUUGAAGGCAUCACCAGUAUCAGCAUUUCCACCAUUGAUCGUGUCCUAAAACGCAACAGGAUGCGGAUGAAGCAACUGUACAGAGUACCCUUUGAGCGCAACUCAGAAAGGGUCAAGGAGCAAAGAUUCCACUAUGUACAGAGAGUGUUUCAACUGGAUUCCUCAGAACAACCACAUGAAUAUAUUUAUAUGGAUGAAGCUGGGUUCAAUCUGACCAAAAGGAGGAGGAGAGGCCGGAAUGUGAUUGGCCAACGAGCCAUUGUUACAGUUCCUGGCCAGCGUGGUGGCAAUGUCACUUUAUGUGCUGCAAUCAGCAAUCAUGGUGUUCUCCACCAUCAUGCCACAUUGGGGCCAUACAACACUCAACACCUCCUGACAUUUUUAAGUGAUCUUCGGGAUAUUGUGUUAGGGUUUCAGCAGCAGGAUCAUGAACAGACAGAGCAUCCUGUCUAUGUCAUUGUGUGGGAUAAUGUGAGUUUUCACCAUGCCGUGCAGGUCAGAGAGUGGUUCACUAGAAACCAAGAAUUCCUGAAUGUUUUCCUACCACCAUACUCCCCUUUCCUCAAUCCAACAGAGGAGUUCUUCUCUGCAUGGCGCUGGAAGGUUUAUGACUGA